AUGGAAAGUGAACCUGCGCGGGAAGAAAAACUAUUGGCAGCCAAGAAAAAGCUUAGGAAAUAUCAAAAGAAAAAAGCCACAAAUGCUUCUACGGAUGGCUCUUCAACUUCAACACGUAGAACUAGUUUGGAGUCUACGGCCGCAACAAGUACCAGAAGGUCCAGUGUAACUUCGGAUUCUGGAAGUGUUAGAACAGAUGGAACUGGUCAAGAGAUAAGCACAAUCGAUGAAAAUAAUGCACAUACCGAAGUUGUAUCAAGUAACAGCGAAGCACCAGCAAACCAAGUUUUAAAUUUGACAUCUCAUGGUUCUCUAGUUGAAGGUCUACAACCAGUCACAUUACCUCAUGGUCAACAACCUCAAACGAACCUAUUAUCAAAUUCAAUUGAUUCUGUUCCUGUUGAGAACACAACAAUAUCUCCUGGUAUAUCGGGUGAUGAACCUUUUUCUUUCGAAGCGCUUGCUAAUAUAUGUCGUAUGCAACAACAAACCAUCGCUUUGCUUGUAGAAGAAAAGACUGCAUUGGCAUCAGAAUUAGAAAAGUAUUCAGCAAUGGCUGAUCGUUUUAAAAGCAGCGAGGAAUUGUUGGAAGAGGGUCAAUUAUUAGUUGACGCUUUAAGACGCCAGAAUAGUGAAUUGGAAGAAAAAAUCCGAAAUGGUGAAGAUCGAUUGAAAGAUUCUGAUGAACAGAAAAAAAAAAUAAUAGAAUCAUUGCAAUCACAGAAUACGCGUGUUGAACAACUAGAAAAAGAUAACAAGCAACUUAUGUCUCAACUGAAUAACAAAGAUUCGAUAAUCGAACAGCUCACUACAGAAAAAGCCAACAUUCGUUCUGCAUCUGAUGAAGUAGAAGCACUACAAAAAACUCUUCAAGACAAAGAAGAUAGAUGUGAAGCACUUGAAAUAGAAUUAUCAAAUCUAAGACAUCUGUUAACCAAUGCAGAACAACAGCUCUCUGAAAAAGAAAGCAAACUCUUGAUUGCUGAACGCGAAUCACGUGAAACUACGGCAAAAUUCGAAUCCAUGUCCAAUCAAAUUGAAUCAUUAACUGAUGAUAAGAAUCGAGUUAGUCAACAAAUCGAGGAGAAAUCAAGCGAACUUGAGGCUCUGAAAAUUGAAUUUGCUGAAGUUAAUGAGCAAUUAAAAUUAAAAAUAGCUGUAGUGGAUGAAUUGCAUAGAGAGCAUGACAAUUUUUCCUCGGAAUUACAAAAUUCUCAGUUAGAAAAUUCAAAAUUGACCAAACGGAUUAAAGAUAUUACAACAAAAAAUGACGGAUUAUCAUCCGAUAAUCGUAACUUGAUAUCUCAAUUAACUGAGUUACAAGCAAAAAUCGUAGAGAUAAAUAAUGAUAAAUUAAAUUUGACUGAAGAAAUAGAAAAAGAGAAAUUAAGAGCUACAAGACUGGAACAAGAAGUUGCUAAAAUUCAGAGCACUCUUACUUCAUUGAAAGAGAAUGUAGGACAUAAUAACGGUGCUACAUUAAUGGGUAAUGGUACUACACGUGAAAUUGGUCGACGAUUUAAUGCUGCUUACAAUUCUGAUCAAAAUCAACGGAAUGAUUUAACCAAUCGUACUGGACUACCAUCACCAAAUAGUGCAAAUCGUCGACUUUCAUUUUCUCAAUUCAGUGGUGAUUUUGAGAUUGGAAGGUGUUCAGGAUGCAUUGGUGAAGUUAUUACAGUGUAA